AUUCUAGGGUCCCUUUAGCAGCUUCACGUCAGGAGGAGCGACGUCCUCCUGCCGUUUUUACGUCAAAUGGACAAUUUAGUUUUGGAUUUCACAACAGAGGAAGAAGCUCGGAGCGACUGGACAUCGUCCUGCAGCCUGUGAGUGUGUUUCACUUUGUUUUACGUGAUCAUCUGUGUAAAGAUGUUUCUGUGUCUGAACCUCAGCGCAACGUCACAUUACGAACACAGGCUGCAAAACAUGUAACAGCAACACUAACCCCCCCACACAACAACAACAACAACAACAUGCACGUUUGAUUUCACAGGUGAGACGUUUAGUUUCGUCUGUUUCAUCUCAGCCUCGAGGACACGUCUCCGUCUUUUCUUUUUCUUUUAACAGUCAUGGAUCCGGAGUUCGAGACCCACCGGUCGGAGCUGGUGGCCCGAGAGAGGAGCGGACACACGGCGGUGGUGGAGGACAACCUGCUGUAUGUGUGGGGGGGCUACGUGUCAAUUGCUAAUGAUGAAGUUUUCCUACCCAGCGAUGAAAUCUGGGUGUAUGACUUACAACAAGGUGUCUGGAGAGUGUUUCACAUGACAGGCGACGUGCCUCCCUCCAUGUCUGGGAGCUGCGGCUGCUCCCUCAAUGGACACAUGUACAUAUUUGGAGGGUGUGACGACAACAGACAGACCAAUGAGCUCUACUGUGUCAACCUGACAGACGGUAAAUACAGGUGGAGGAAGAUGGUCCACGAGACGGGCUCCGCUCCGUCACCUCGAGACAAAUUCUCCUGCUGGGUUUAUAAAGGACGGUUAAUCUACUUUGGAGGAUAUGGUCACAAACUCCUGACUGAUGUCGACAGCAGGAACAGAAGCUUCAUUGUAGAUGAAGCAGCUUGGGUGGAGGACGUCUUCUGGGGAUGGAACAAUGAGGUUCAUAUAUUUGACCCCAGGCAAGAGGGUUGGAGUGAACCACAAACCCAUGGCCGUGCUCCCGCCCCCAGGGCUGCCCACGCCUGCGCCACCGCUGGUCACAGAGGAUACGUGUGUGGAGGCAGAGUCAUGGAAACCAGAACAACUGACAUUCACUGUCUGGACUUUGAAUCAUGGACCUGGUCAGAAAUACAUCCGGUGUCCAAUGCUCCGGUGGGCAGGUCGUGGCACACACUCACAGCGGUAUCAGACAGCACCUUGUUCCUGUUCGGGGGUCUCAGCUUGGACUGCAAACCAAUGAGUGACGGGUGGCUGCUUGAUGUUGAAACCAAAACAUGGAGAGAAGUCGAACAUCCCUAUAAGGAUAAGCCAAGGUUGUGGCACACAGCGUGUCCAGGGAAAGACUCUGACGUCAUUGUGUUUGGUGGAAGUUGUGACUACAUCCUCCUUGUUGAUACUGGUCACUGCAAUGAUGCACUCGUUUUCCAGAUGCAGCCGUAUCCUCUAUUCAGGAUCUGUGAGGAUUUCAUUGCAAAGAACGUGAAGAGCCAUGAGAUACUCAGAAACCAGUUUCCACUCCUGCCUCCUAAACUCCUGGCAGCAGUAAAGAAGAGGAUGUCGUUCUACAGGACUUCAAAGAAGCAAAAACUGACCUAAACGACCAACAUUCACCUAAAUGCCAACAACAAUGCAAUAUCGUUACAAUUUUUAUUUAUGAAUGGUUCUCCCCUUCAGUGAGAAUAUCUAUCUCACACUGCAGGGUAGUAGUUUAAAAUAUUUUAUAGUGUUAUAUGUUAUUGUUUAUUGUGUUCAUGUGAUGACUGUGAUGAUCAAAUAACACAGUGGGAAGUUUG